CAGUGCAUGCGCUGUAAUAUAUAAAUAGACAUGACAGCCUGAUGUACACACGUUUGUCAUUAAGCACAGUUAUUAUUUUCUACAUUAUACUCGCUUUUAGUUAUUCAUCGAGUUGAUUUGACAGCUAUGGAGGUUGAAAACUUCGUUUCCAAGACUCUUGAGCUCCUACAAGAAGAGAGAAAAGCUGAAUUGGAAGAAACACGAGCAUGGCAGGAGAAUUUAUCUCCCAAGAAUUUACAGCACAAAGGAGUGUACCUGCUGAAACUUCAGAUCACAAGCCAGCAUACUGGCAUGUAUGGCAGACUUCUGGUAGUUUUUGAACCCAGGAAAAGUAUAGGACCCUCAAUUCUGCCCAGCAACACCUUCGGACCUGGUGAUAUUAUAGGUUUGUAUCAGGCAGAGGGUCAGGAUCAGCCAUCUCAGCUGGGUUCAGGUGUGGCGACACGUGUUACUCAAGCAUCACUGACGGUGGCUUUUGAUGACACGCAAGACGGUAUGAACUUGGACAGAGAUGGACUUUACAAUCUAAUGAAGCUGGCAAAUGAUGUGACCUACAGAAGACUGUCAAGUGCCUUAAAGUCUUUAAAUGGAUACAGCAGUGGUCCUGCGUCUCACCUGAUCAGUGUCCUCUUUGGUUACUCAGAACCAGGGAUAUUAUCACAUCAGCACACACUGGAAUUUAGCAACACUGGGUUAGAUAAUUCUCAGAAAGAGGCUGUGUCCUUUGCAAUAUCUCAGAAAGAUGUUGCAAUCAUACAUGGACCACCAGGAACUGGCAAAACCACUACAGUGGUUGAAGUAAUCCUGCAGGCAGUAAAACAGGAACAAAAGGUCCUUUGCUGUGCUCCUUCCAAUGUGGCUGUUGAUAACUUGGUGGAGCGCCUGGCAAAGAGCAAGGUCAAGGUUUUAAGACUGGGUCACCCAGCCCGCCUGCUUGAGUCGAUUCAGAAGCACUCACUGGAUGCGGUCCUUGCACACAGUGACAACACCAACAUAAUUUCUGAUAUUCGCAAGGACAUGGACAAAGCUUUUAAUGAAAUGAAGAAGGCUCGAGACAAAGGCCAACGGAGCAAUCUGAGACUGGAAAUCAGGGAACUGCGGCGAGAGCUGAGGACCAGGGAGGAAAUAGCUAUCACUCAGAUCCUGAAAAGGGCCGAUGUUAUUCUAGCAACUAACACUGGAGCCUCUGAUGAUGGUCCUCUCAAACAUCUUCCUAAUGAUCAUUUUGACCUGGUGGUGAUUGAUGAGUGUGCUCAGGCUCUAGAGAGCAGCUGUUGGAUCGCUCUGCUCAAAGCACGCAAGUGCAUACUGGCUGGGGAUUACAAACAGCUGCCACCCACGAUCAAAUCACAGAGUGCUGCAUCUAAAGGCCUGUCUGUCAGCUUAAUGGAGAGGCUGAUAAAGAAAUAUGGAGACCCAGUGGUUCGAAUGUUGACCACUCAGUACCGUAUGAACGGUGCCAUCAUGCAGUGGGCUUCAGAGCAGAUGUAUGAGGGCAAACUGAUUGCACACCCUUCAGUGGAGAAACACUUGCUUAGAGACCUGGCUGGUGUUGCUGAUGUUGAGGAAACCAGAAUUCCCCUUCUGCUCAUUGACACUGCAGGCUGUGGCCUGAAUGAGAUGGAGGAUACAGACGAGCAGUCCAAAGGAAAUCAAGGAGAGGUAGACAUUGUGGCUCUUCAUAUAAAGGCACUUACCGAGGCUGGCGUUCAAGUCAAAGACAUUGCGAUUAUUGCACCCUAUAAUCUCCAGGUGGAUCUUUUGAGACAGAAACUGUCCCAUAAAUAUGCAGAGCUGGAGAUCAAGUCUGUUGAUGGCUUCCAGGGCAGAGAAAAGGAGGCAGUGGUGUUGUCAUUGGUCAGAUCCAACAGGAAGGGUGAGGUUGGAUUUCUCGCUGAAGACAGAAGGAUCAAUGUGGCUGUGACUCGUGCCAGACGCCAGCUUGUGGUAGUGUGUGAUUCUCAGACUGUUCGAAAACAUGACUUUCUCAAAUCCCUAGUGGACUAUAUGUCUGAACAUGGAGAGGUUCGUACUGCCUUUGAGUACCUGGAAGACUGUGUGGCACAGAAUUACAUCCGUGAUGAAAAGGACAAACAAACCAACAGCAAAGAUGCUGCGUCUGCAAAACAGAAGCCCAAGAACCAAGGCAAGAAAACAGAACAAGAACAGAAGAAAAGUGCAGACAACAAAAGUGGAGGAGUGAAUCAGUCCAAUGUUCAGCCUGAGCAACAUAAAAAUACCAAUUCACACCAUCCUAAACCCAAAGAUGCUGAUCAGAGAAAAGAGAUAAAGGAGCAACUUCUGAACUUUCUGAAAGACUCAAGCAAGACAGAGCUACAGUUUCCUUCCACGCUAAAUUCUCACGAGCGUCUGCUAGUCCACGAGCUCUCUGAAGAAAUGGGACUGAGGCAUGAAAGCCAGGGAGAAGGGAAAAACCGUUGCAUCACUGUGUCCCGACCUCCAUCAGGACUAGAAAAGUCAGUGGAGCCCGAACAACCAGACGUGAUUGCAUGUACAGCAGCGAAGCUACAAGAAGAGUUGCAAAAAGGACCCUCACAGCCAGCUGUUGAUCUGAAGAGCCUACAUUUGGAGCGAAUGCGCCGGGAGCAGGAGAAACGAGAGGAGAAAAAGCAGCAAAAACAACAGAGUGUGAGAUGGGAACCAGAUUCUAAUGCUAGUAAAAGCCAAUCUGUUAAGAAACCCAAAGGAACUUCCAAAGGAAACACUAAGAUAAAAGCAGGAGCCACAGAUAUAGCUGCAGCUGCCAUGCCAGAUGACGAUUUUGACGGUCUCAUCAAUGCUGUGGUUAAAGCCGACAGCGUUUGUGGUUUCGUGAAGUGCAAAGCCAGUGUCCUGACACUUGGGCAGCUCUGCCUCUACUGUAACAGACAAUACUGUCUGAGUCACCAUAUACCUGAGAAUCCAGCACUUCCCCACACCAACGUAGAUGGAUGCUUGUCCAAGGCGGUUGCCAAUCUCUGAUAUUAUGCACAUGGAGGACUCAUAGCGAGGGAAUGCUUUCUGUAUUGAAGGUGGGCACACAAAGAAAAGCAUCAUUGCUAUAAGCAACACUUAUGGCACUCUUGGUUGACUAUUUUGCAGUAGAACUCCAAGAUUAAUCGAAAAAAUUGCUGCCGCAAUUAAUUCUGAAUAGUGUCAGUUAUAUAAUGCAU